AAAUUGUGAAAUUCUCAACAAAAAAAAUUGUGAAAUUAUACAAACCUCUUUAUAAAAUUGUGAAAUUCUCAACUCUAAACUUCUCAAGAUCAAGAAAAAAAAAAAAGUGAAAAUUAAUUCAAUUUGUUUUUUUUUUUUUUUUUAAAUUUUAAAAAUAAAAGUAAACCCCAAAAAACCAUGAAAAGAUUGAAAACACAAAACUUGUGCACCUCCUCACUCUCUCUCUCUUCCAAUCUACGUCUCUUCCUAACCCACUUUAAUGGCGAUUACAAAACCCUUAAUUCCCACAAAUAUUAAUCAUAGAAUCUCCAUUGAAAUCUUAUUUCUCUCACUAUUUCACUCUACCUUACUCUUUCUUCUACUUUUUAGCCUUCUUUUAUCAAAUUCUGUCUCAUAUUCUUACUGCAAUCAAAGGAGGAGUUGCAGCUAUCAUCUGGAUUAGUUUUCGGGCUGUUUAUCUGGCGUUUUUUCGGUCAGGAUAAACGGCUCUUUAGCGGCACUAAGGUCUCUGUAGCAGUGACUUCCUAUGAUGUCGAGUAAGGGUGAUAAGAAAGCCGCUCUUGAUGCAGGGGCAUGGUUUUUUAAUGUCGUCACUUCAGUGGGGAUCAUCAUUGUUAACAAGGCCUUGAUGGCAAAUUAUGGAUUCACUUUUGCAACCACAUUGACUGGUCUCCAUUUUCUAACAACCACUCUCAUGACUUCUACGUUCCGCUGGCUGGGCUAUAUCCAGCCUACACAACUUCCGUUUUCGGAUAUUCUGAAGUUUGUUCUUUUUGCAAACUUCUCCAUUGUUGGAAUGAACGUGAGUCUGAUGUGGAAUUCUGUAGGAUUUUAUCAGAUUGCCAAGCUGAGUAUGAUCCCAGUGUCCUGUUUUCUUGAGGUAGCAUUGGACAAGGUGCGGUACUCUAGGGAUACGAAGCUUAGUAUUUUAUUAGUGCUAGUUGGGGUUGGAGUCUGCACUGUCACAGACAUUAGUGUCAAUGGCAAGGGUUUCAUUGCCGCUUUUGUGGCUGUUUGGAGUACCUCUCUGCAACAAUACUAUGUACAUCAUCUACAACGCAAGUAUUCUAUCGGUUCUUUCAAUCUAUUGGGCCGCACUGCUCCAGUACAGGCUGCUUCCCUGCUUAUUGUGGGGCCGUUUCUUGAUCAUUGGCUGACUGGUCAAAGAGUUGAUGCUUAUCCUUACAGUUCAGUAUCUUUGUUCUUUAUUAUACUGUCCUGUACCAUUGCAAUCGGCACCAACCUGAGCCAGUUUAUCUGCAUCGGUAGAUUCUCAGCUGUGACCUUCCAAGUACUUGGUCACAUGAAGACUAUUUUUGUCUUGGUCAUGGGAUUCACUUUCUUCGGCAAAGAGGGUCUCAACUGGCACGUUGUUUUGGGCAUGAUUAUUGCAAUCUUGGGAAUGAUGUGGUAUGGCAAUGCUUCAUCCAAACCCGGAGGAAAGGAGCGCUGGUCCCCUCCAGUCUCUGAGGCGGAGACACAAGAUCUUGACAAGUUACUAGGGGCUGAAUCCAAUGAACCCAAUGGGAAGGUAUAGAUCUUUACUGAGGCUCAGACUAAACAAAUAAAUAUGGCACACUAGAGAAAACGGCUGAUGAGGAACAAGUCUUCAAGAAUUUUUCAUACAUCCUUUAUAGUUUUUCAUGUUAUAGCUCUUAAUUUUAUUUUUCUCCGUAAUUUUAUACCGUUAAUAUUAUAGACUAUAUAGUGAAGAUCAGAUAUAUAGCAUGAAUACCUCCAUUGUUUUGUGAACAGAUUAGCAUUUCAAAACUAAUCAAAUAUUCAGAUGUUCUUUUGGUUCUCUUGAAUUCUAAUGACAUAGUUAAACCUUGUGGUUGCGGUUCUA